AUGGCCUUCGUGACCUUCUGCGGGCUGAGGACGGGGGACCUGAGGCUGAUCGCUAGGACUGUGCUGCCGAAAAUUUUCUUGGAGAACCUCCAUCUGCAUGCAUGCGAGGUGCUGAAAGGGAGGCGAGCUGUUGUGCUCACCACCUUGCCGAGGCUCAUGGUGGAGGGAUUCUUGAAGGAGUACUUAGAGGUGGGGGAGGUGGUGGGGGCGGAGCUGCAGGUGGUGAAGGGCUGCUACUUCACGGGGGUCAUCUCUUGGCCUGACAAACAGAGAGCUCUCAGGGACAUGGUCAAGGCCGGUGCGGCCAUUGUGAACCUCUCCAAUGUCCACCACCACCAACUCUCGGCCAAGGAAAUUUAUGUCGUGAGAGAGGAGGAAUCAAGGAGUGAGAGCAGCAAAAUGCCGAGAAACAAGUACCCGAAGCCACUUGUGUUCCAUGACGGAAGACUGGCUUUUCUCCCGACGCCAUGCGAGAUGAUGGCGUUCUUCAUGUGGAUACCCGUGGCAAUCCCUUUGGCCGUGUUCAGGAUCGCGAUGGGGAUCGUUUUCCCUUAUAAAAUAUCCAUCUUCAUCGCCGCCGUCACCGGAAUCCGAUUCCGGAGGGCCGGAGAUGGGAAAGCGAACUGGGAGAAGAAGGGGGUGGUGUACGUGUGCCGAUUAAGGCAUUGGAGCUUCUCAAUGCCGAUAGGGACAGGUCAAGGCCGGUGUGGCCAUACAUAG